GCAAGGACUUUUCUUCAAAUCAACACCGCGUGGAGCUUGUCGGCCGCCAACAUGUCCAACAGAAACAACAACAAGCUACCUAGCAACCUGCCGCAGUUGCAAAAUUUGAUCAAACGGGACCCGCCCGCUUACAUCGAGGAGUUUCUACAGCAGUACAAUCACUAUAAAUCUAAUGUGGAGAUUUUCAAAUUACAACCAAAUAAACCCAGCAAGGAGCUGGCGGAGCUGGUAAUGUUUCUGGCCCAGAUUGGUCACUGCUACCCAGAACAUUUAAGUAACUUUCCUCAAGAGCUGAAAGAUCUCCUCUCCUACAAUCACACUGUCUUGGAUCCUGAUCUUCGAAUGACAUUUUGCAAAGCUUUGAUCUUGCUGAGAAACAAGAAUCUCAUCAACCCAUCAAGUUUGUUAGAACUCUUCUUUGAACUUCUGCGUUGCCAUGAUAAGCUUCUGAGAAAGACUUUAUACACACAUAUUGUGACCGAUAUCAAGAAUAUAAAUGCAAAACACAAGAACAAUAAAGUGAAUAUAGUACUGCAGAAUUUCAUGUACACCAUGCUAAGAGACAGCAAUGCCACUGCAGCCAAGAUAUCUUUGGACGUGAUGAUUGAACUCUACAGAAGAAACAUCUGGAAUGAUGCCAAAACUGUCAAUGUGAUCACGACUGCGUGUUUCUCGAAGAUUACCAAGAUAUUAGUUGCUGCGUUGACAUUCUUCCUCGGGAAAGAUGAAGAGGAGAAACAGGACAGUGACUCAGAAUCCGAGGUGACUUUAACAUUAAUUGCUUCUGAACUUUUCAAUUUUGCAUUUUAAUCCCAUGGAUCUCAUCAUUGUUACUCAAAAUGGAAAUGUGGUUCUUUUUUCUUUCUUCAGAAACAAAAGAAGAAGAAAAAACCAGAGGUCUUUAACUUUUCAGCUAUCCACUUGAUUCAUGAUCCUCAAGAUUUUGCAGAAAAACUGCUGAAGCAGCUAGAGAGCUCGAAGGAGAGGUUUGAAGUGAAGAUGAUGCUCAUGAACCUCAUCUCAAGAUUGGUGGGAAUUCAUGAGGUAUACUUGUAUUCUGUUUACCCACCUUUUCUUUUUGUUCAUCUUUAUCCUUAUUCCAGGUGGAUAACAAAGAUCCUUCUGUUUGCUGCACAAGCAUCUCAUCACUUAGUGCCUCCAGAGAUCAUUCAGUCAUUGCUCAUGACAGUGGCCAACAAUUUCGUUACCGACAAGAACUCUGGAGAAGUCAUGACAGUAGGGAUCAAUGCUAUAAAAGAAAUAACAGCUAGAUGUCCUUUAGCCAUGACUGAAGAACUUCUCCAAGACCUGGUUCAGUAUAAAACACACAAAGAUAAGAAUGUGAUGAUGUCUGCCAGAACUCUGAUUCAGCUCUUCCGAACACUGAAUCCUCAGAUGCUACAAAAAAAGUUCCGGGGUAAGCCUACAGAGGCCUCUGUAGAAGCAAGAGUGCAAGAAUAUGGAGAAUUAGAUGCAAAAGAUUAUAUUCCAGGAGCAGAAAUUCUGGAAGUUGAAAAAAAAGAAAAGAAUGCCGAAAAUGAUGAAGAUGGGUGGGAAAGCGCCAGCCUCAGCGAGGAGGAGGGGAGUGACAGCGAGUGGGUAGACGUGCACCACUCUUCUGACGAAGAACAGCAAGAAAUCUCUAAGAAGCUGAACAGCAUGCCCAUGGAGGAGCGGAAAGCCAAAGCCGCAGUCAUCAGCACCAGCCGAGUCUUGACUCAGGAAGACUUUCAGAAAAUCCGCCUGGCCCAAAUGAGGAAAGAACUGGAUGCUGCCCCUGGGAAAGCCCAGAAAAGGAAAUAUGUUGAAAUCGACAGUGACGAGGAGCGCAGGGGUGAGUUAUUGUCUCUUCGGGACAUCGAGCGCCUUCAUAAGAAGCCAAAGUCUGACAAGGAAACAAGACUAGCAACUGCAAUGGCUGGAAAGACAGACCGAAAAGAAUUUGUGAGGAAGAAAACCAAAAUGAAUCCAUUUUCCAGUUCCACAAAUAAAGAGAAGAAAAAACAGAAAAAUUUUAUGAUGAUGAGAUACAGCCACAACAUCCGGUCAAAAAAUAAACGUUCCUUCCGAGAAAAGCAGCUGGCACUACGAGACGCACUUUUGAAAAAGAGAAAAAGAAUGAAGUAACUUCUAAGCAAAUUUACCAUUCCAAGGAGAAUGCUAACUUUGAGUGAUUACUCUGAAAGUUAGUAAAUCAACAAUUUUUGUUUACAUGAAGUCCAGAAGCACUGUAUUAUGAAAACCACAGUGGACUUGACAGCAUUUUGGUGUUUUUAUUUUGGAGAUGUGUAAUGGUUGAAUUAUUUGAAAUGUAAAAUGUAGAAGUGUUGUAAAAUCACUUUCACUUUGCAUGCAAAAGACGUUACUGAGUGCCUACCCAUUUCACUAAAGAUGCAAAAAUGAAUGGACCAUACCCUUCACUGAAGGCAUUCACAGGCUUUUGGGGGCAGAAGGAACAGAUGUGAAUAUGUGUAUUUAUAGUGCAGUGUACAUAGUUCUGUAAUAGAGCUAGGGCUGUAUGUCUGUGGGGCUAUGGAGACCUACAGACUCACUCUGCAGGGUAUAGGAGUUACAUAUUCUCCUAAAACAAACAGGACGAUGUUACAAGAGUAAGAGGUUCUUACUUGUAAAUAGGCUUACCUGCUGAAAACAGGUCCCUGCUGUACAGGUUUUGGGUGGACAGUUUAGCUCUUAAUCUAUCCAAAAGAUUUAAACAUUAUUUUGAAUGCCGGGUAUAGGUUUUUAAGUUAAGACCUCGCUUUUGAAACUGCCUUAAGUAUAGACAGUAAUUUUGAAGUGUCCUUGGUUCGUCACUUGUUUACCUAUUUUUUCAUAGAGGAAAAGAAAACAGCAGCUUUCCUUCACCUUGUAAUGUUUUUAACCCACUGUUUGCCUUGUCUCAGUAAAAGACUUCUGAUGUCAAAGUAGGUACUUUUGUAUAUGCUGAGUUGGUCUUUCCCAGGGCACAGUUGGUUUCAGGGGAUACAAGAGCCAUCGUCAGUCUCUAUGAAGAAGUGGUUACAUUUGGAAAUAGUUUGAUUCUUUUUGCUUGAUGUCUUACAUAAUAUUGUGAAAUGAGAAAAUUGCUCUGUUACUUCAACUAGGGUAAAAGGCAAUUUUCUGCCCAUUCAGAAUUACAAAGCAGCUCCUAAAGCCACUUACUGUCCUCUUUCUGUGAUCUCCUAUUUACUGUCUGAAUUCAACGUUAGUUUUAUUUUAAUGAGACUUUGUGACUUUCCUCAAAGCACUCUAGGUUGCUGGGGAUUCAUUGUGAAGGCCUUGAGAUUUAACAAUUAUAUUAUACUGCGCUGAUGAGAAGAAGCUGUCAGGAGCAGCCCAGGCAAUGUCAAUGCUUCUCAGGAAGAAUCUGAUACAAAUAGCAUGUUUCAGACCUGGAACUCCUCUUUUUGCGUUUUUGAUCUGGUUGUCUCCUCAUGUGUCUAGAUCCAGAGAGCUGUAAAUUCAGCUUGAAAUGGCAAAGCAGUUGGGGUUGAGGGACUUGUAUGAAUUGUGAUGCUGCCGGAAGUUUCAUCCUUCCCCUAGACUCCUGUUUCACUUAGCUGCCAAGAGUUCAUUCUGUGUUCUGACUUCUGUUUCUCUACCGUGGUGUAGCUUCCUCUUAAUUUGGGUUUAUAUGCAAGAUAGAAAGUUACCUACCUUAAAAAUGUAGUCUUAACUCAUUUCUUUAAACGCAUAGAAUCAUUCUGGUUCCUUUAUUAUUUUGUAAGUCUUCUCUUGAGAAUAGUUCCUGCUAACUAUAAAUUUGAAGAUCCAAUGCUCACAAGUUGGAUGCUACCAGUAGAGGCAGAGUGACUUUUCACAGUGACUUUUAUCCUAAAAAAGUCACCACGUCCCAAACUUGAGAUUUUCAGUUUCAGAUUUUUGUUAAAACUGAAAACUGACCCAUUUCAAGAAUGAGCUCACAUUGACCCAUUUCAAGAAUGAGCUCAGAUUGUCCCAAGCUCAAAAUAUACACAAAGUGAUGCCUACAUUUAGAAAACUGAUACAUAAUGCAUGUGAUCUUGGCAAGUUCCACUAGAAAAUAAGCUGCACAAAGAAGAGCCUGUUCUCUGCUGUAUCCCCAGAGCCGUUCAGGGCUUAGCCGUAGGUGCUCAGCAGAUACUUGAAUACAUGAUUUCAUUGUCAAGUCAGUGUCUAUAAAUAGAACGCCUACCUCAUGGAUUGUUUUCAAAUUCUUACCUAUAAGCACUUAGCACGGUAUUGACAAGUAAAUAUUCAGAAGUUUCUCAUCAAAGAUCAGGUUUCUUUUUUUUUGCUUAAUUUACUUGAAGUGGAACUAGAGUUACAGUUAUUAGAAAUAUUUGUAUUACACUGCAUCCAUUUAGAAGUGAGCUAGUUUGAAAUAUGAAUGUACAUUGAAAUCUAAUGUAAAUGCAGUAUAUACUGAAUGCUUACUGUGCGCAAAUCACUCCACAAGGUGCUGUGUGGAUUGCAAACACGAUGUUCAUGUGGUGGAAAGUUUCAAGCCACCUAAGGAAACAGACUUACAAAGUGCUGUAGUGCAAGACUUCUUACAGAACUACAAAAAGCCAUGGCUUAGGCCUGGGAAGGGACAGUUCAGCCUCAGUAGGGUGCAAUAGCUGUUUGCAACAAACUGGUGCUUCUGAUCAGGAAAUAUUCUUGAUUUUGUAAAAGAAAAGGUUGUGGCUUACAAGUAUACAUAAUUUUUUAAAAGAUUGCUUAUUAUAAAUUUUGGUUUUAUUCAUACUCUUACAACUCUGGACAUUUAUAAUCUAUAUAGUAUUACAUGGUAACUCCGUACUAACCAGAAUCUUUAAUCAGUUGCAAUAGUCAGUUCUUCAAACUGUUUUCAGUAACUAUGGUUUUGUUUUUUUAAUGAGAUAAAAUUGGUUUACAACAGUGUAUAUGAUUCAGAGGUAUAGGAUCACACUUCAGCCAUGUGUUACCACACCAUACCCACUACCACUGUCCAUGGGCCCCUCCCUCUUUACACUGCUCUCCCCGCUGGUGAUCUGCUUCUGUAGUUAGAUUUUUUUUUUUUAAGAUUUUUAUUUACUUAUGCAUAAAAGAACUGGCGUAUAGGC